AUGGGAACUGUCAUUGAUGCUGCAAACAAGGAAGCAAAUGGAAGCUUACCAACUAACAAGAAAGUUACAAUUGUUUUUGUCCUAGAUGAGUGCUCCAUUUUCAAAUUGUGGUAUCUGAAUAUAUAUCUCUGUCGUUCACGUGGCCCUGGCAGUGGCAAGGGAACUCAGUGCGCUGAUAUUGUCCAACACUUUGGAUACACCCAUCUCAGUGCUGGCGAUCUUCUCCGUGCAGAAAUAAAAUCUGGUUCUGAAAAUGGGACAAUGAUUCAGAACAUGAUUAAGGAGGGAAAAAUUGUACCAUCAGAGGUGACAAUUAAGCUACUCCAACGAGCAAUGCAGGAAAAUGGCAACGACAAAUUUCUUAUUGAUGGCUUCCCUCGUAAUGAGGAGAAUCGUGCUAACUUUGAGUCUGUUAUUGACGCUGCAAAACCCGUUGAAGAAGUUUUUGAGGAAGUCAAAGUUGUUUUUACCCCAUCAACUGACAAGGUUGCUACUUAA